AUGAAUUCAUUGGUCAAUUUCAUCAUAGUGGUGAUCACCUUGGUCAUAUCAUCUUGGAAGGCCAAUGGACAAGCCACACUACACUUUGAUGUAGUUGUGGCUCAAGAUGGAUCCGGCCACUUCACCACAAUCACUGAUGCUAUCAACGCUAUACCUUCAAAAAGCUCCAAUCGCACCUACAUUAAGAUCAAAGCUAGUCACUAUAACGAGACGAUUUUUAUCGGAGUUGAGAAGACCAACAUAACAAUUGUAGGCGAUGGACGAGACAACACCAUAAUAUCGGGAAACAAAAGUAAUGCUGGAGGUUUCCAUACAUUUGAGACAGCAACAUUUGCAAUAGAUGGUGAUGGCUUUGUUGCACAAGACAUGACUAUCCAAAAUACAGCUGGGCCAGAAAGUGGGCAAGCAGUGGCAUUACGAAGCCAAUCCAAUUUUUGUGUCUUCUACAGAUGCAAAAUUGUUGGUUAUCAAGACACAUUGCUUGCAAACCAAGGCAGCCAAUUCUUCAGAGAGUGUGACAUAUACGGUACAGUUGAUUUUAUUUUUAGUCACGCUAAAGUUAUAUUUCAAAAUUGUAACAUAUAUGGUCAGCGACCUUUGAAGGGGCAGUCAAUCACAAUAACUGCACAAAAUAGAGACCCUGCAACAGGGGACAGCGGGACUGUCAUUCACAAUUGCACUAUCAGUGCAACACCAGACCGUCGUGCUUCAGGUUUUCCAGUGAAGAUGUACUUGGGCCGACCAUGGUCAAACUACUCCACAACAAUUGUCAUGCAAAGUACCCUAGACAAGCUAAUUGAUCCUAUGGGUUGGUUGGAUUGGGAUGGCAGAUCACUACUUGGCACCAUUAGUUAUGCAGAAUAUAAUAACCGAGGACCUGGUGCAAACAUGUCUGACAGAGUCCAUUGGAAGGGGUACAAGGUGAUGCGUAGCUAUGAAGAGGCUACCGAGUUUACAGUGCGGAAAUUCAUAAAUGGGGACACAUGGAUCCCCUUAACAGGUGUUCCAUAUGAACCAGAUUUGAUAAAGAACAUGUAA